AGUUGGUGUCGGAGGGUUUUCUGCAGGGGAGAGGGACUAUGGCAGGAUUUCUGCUCAUCACCGUGUUUCUCUGUCUGAACUGUGGCUCAUUUCUUGUUGUAAGCAGACCUGCAGUGACACCCACUGUGGCUUUAAACUCAGCUCUAACUUCAGCUGAGAGCCUUUUUUCUGCAGGGAAGCCCAGCGCCACUGAGGUCCCCGCGACCAGUCAUCGUAGGUCAGUGAGCAAACCCUCCACAGCUCCGGGACGUCUGAGUGAAGCUGCCGGUAAAAAAGAAAGAGAAGAAGAAGGUCCUCCAGAACUGGAAUGCCCUCCGCUGGGUCUCGAGUCACUGAAGGUCAAAGACGCCCAGCUGAGGGCUUCAUCCUACAAGCGCCGAGGCCUGGGCCCCCACCGGGGUCGACUCAACAUCCAGUCUGGAAUAGAGGAUGGAGAUAUCUACGAUGGGGCCUGGUGUGCUCAGCACAGAGAUAAGAAGCAGUGGCUGGAGGUCGACGCUCGGCAGCUGACUCGCUUCACCGGUGUCGUCCUGCAGGGGCGCAACUCCAUCUGGAGCUGGGACGUGGUGCACACCUACAAGGUGCAGUUCAGUAAUGACACGCUGGUCUGGAAACCAUGUCUGAACGGGACUGAAGAGGCUGUGUUUGAAGGAAACCAGGAUGCAGAGACGCCCGUCCUCGCCCUGUUCAACACUUCCACAGUGGCGCGCUACAUUCGGAUCAACCCGCAGACCUGGUACCAGAACGGGACAAAGGGGGACAUCUGCCUGAGAGCCGAGGUCCUGGGCUGCGCACUCCCAGAUCCUAAUCAGAUCUAUCCGUGGCAGACAGAGCCCACAGACAAGCUGGACUUCAGACACCACAACUACAAGGAGAUGAGAAAGCUGAUGAAGUCGGUUCAUGAGACUUGCCCUGACAUCACCCACAUCUACACCAUCGGGAAGAGCUACACGGGUCUGAAGCUCUACGUCAUGGAGAUCUCCGACAACCCGGGAAAACAUGAACUAGGGGAACCAGAGUUUCGAUAUGUUGCAGGGAUGCAUGGGAACGAGGUGCUGGGCCGAGAACUUCUGCUCAGUCUCAUGCAGUACAUCUGCCAAGAGUACAAACGGGGAGACCAGCGCAUAGUGCGCCUGGUCAAAGAGACCCGCAUCCACCUUCUGCCCUCCAUGAACCCCGAUGGAUACGAGAUGGCCUUUAAGAAGGGCUCCGAGCUGGCAGGCUGGGCCCUGGGACGUUACAGCUACGAAGGCAUCGAUAUGAACCACAACUUUGCUGACCUCAACUCGGGGAUGUGGACCGCCAUCGAACUGGAGACGGACCGCUCCAAACUCAUCAACCACUACUUCCCCAUCCCUGAGCAGUACACCACUGAAGAAGCUUUUGUGGCGUCAGAGACCCGAGCUGUCAUCAGCUGGAUGCAGAACAUCCCGUUUGUUCUGGGCGCUAACCUCCACGGUGGAGAGCUGGUGGUCACCUACCCGUACGACAUGACCCGGGACUGGGCGCCCCGCGAGCACACGCCCACUCCCGAUGAGAGCUUCUUCCGCUGGUUGGCCGUGGUGUACGCCAGCACCAAUCAGGUGAUGUCCAACCCAGACCGGCGGCCGUGCCACAACAAGGACUUCCUGAGAUACAACAACAUCAUCAAUGGAGCCGAUUGGCACAAUGUACCAGGAAGUAUGAAUGACUUCAGCUACCUGCACACCAACUGCUUUGAGGUGACGGUGGAGUUGUCCUGUGAUAAAUUUCCUCAUGCCAGCGAGCUUCCUGUCGAGUGGGAAAACAACAGGGAGUCUCUGCUGACGUACAUGGAGCAGGUCCACCGUGGAAUUAAGGGUGUGGUUCGGGACAAGGAUACGGGAGCUGGAAUAGCAGACGCCAUCAUCAAAGUCGACGACAUCGAUCAUCACAUUAGAUCAGUGGCUGACGGUGAUUACUGGAGGCUGCUGAACCCCGGCGAGUAUCGGGUGACGGCCACCGCGGAGGGCUACCUCCCUUCCUCCCGCACCUGCCAGGUCAUGUACGACCACUACCCCACAAUCUGCGAUUUCCGCCUCACCAAGGUGCCCAAACAGAGGCUGAAGGAGCUUCUGGCAAAAGGAGGGAAACUUCCAAAGGACCUGCAGCUCAGGCUGCGGCAGCUGCGCAUGCGGAAGCUCCGCGUCACCACCAAGGCGAUCAACCAGAGGCGUGCAGCCGCCGCCGCCAGACGGGCGAAGAGGGUGUGAUGAUGAUGAAAGAUAACGAGAACAAAGCGGGACUUGGUUCAGAGACCCACCUUCACUGGACUCAUGAUGAUGGACGUGUUACGUUCUGCUGUGGAGCAGCAGAAACAGUCUGACAGUAAA